AUGCCACAUACCGUUGAUAUGACCAAGUUUUUGUCCAACUCCUCCUUUCUUCCCUCUCGCAUUUUUUGCCUCAAUACAUCUCCUCUCUCAGACUCUUCUGCGGACAGAAGCCCCAGCCCCAAAGGUGCGUCGUCGAGUGGAGCAAGCGGGUCUCCGAUCAAAAUGGGCUACCUCGCUGCGUCCACAGAGACUGGAUGGCCGGACCCACGCAUUCUGCACCAAAGUCACUCAGAGGCUGGCCUCCAUGGCUCGUUUCUUCAGCACCAAUACACUCAAACGAGGGAUCCCGUUGGCGGGCCUCGAACUCAGGCCCUGUCUUCUGCGCUAUACCCGCAAGCACUCUUUCUUGCCUACAACCAAUGA